AUGAUUCUCAUCAUCAUCAUCAUCAUGAGCAAUUAAUAAACAACAUCACCAACCCAACUAACGAUUGAAAUCAACGAAAAGCGAAACACGUUAAUUUGGUUUUAAGGCGAUGCCUAAAAAAGAGGCUGACCUGUAACGAUCAAGUGAAACUUUAUUCUCGACUCAACAGUUGAUCAAAUUGUUACGAAUUUGUAUUGUGUAGUUUAAUUGACAAUCGAUAAUAAUGAAUUACUUUGGGAUAAGUUUGUGUUUUCUAAUCUUAUUAUUCGCUGGUCAAGGAUAUGGUCAAACUUGUCAUUUACGAGAGUUGGACUUAUGUGCUGCAACUUUACUAGUCUUUACUCAAAAUCCUUCGGGAGGAAUUGGUACUAAUGAUGCCGAAUUAAAUAAACAGUGUGGUUACCUGAAGGAGGCCGAUUCGUGCCUUCGUAACUUUACCCGUAAAUGUACAACUCCACUUCAACGGGAAUUGAUCGGCUUCGUUAGCGAAGGUGGAAAUCGCCUGUUGACUGAAUAUUGUACCUCUGGAACACAAUUGCGACAAAGUUACCUCAAACACGCUCCAUGUCUUAGUCAAGCGACCAAAGGUCAGAAAACUUGUGUAAAAGAUUUACAAUCAGCAUUGGAAAUUGUGACCUCCGUUGAAUGGGAUCGUAGGAUUCCCGCUGGUUGUUGUUCUUACCGACGAUUUCAAAGUUGUACUGAAAAUUUGGUCGAAACCAAAUGCGGCAAAGAGGCCGUUGAAUUCAUCAAUAUUUUACUCCGAAUGGCCGCUUCCCGGUUACCCGAUAUAAUCUGCCAAGGGUAUGGACCUCAAACCAACGAGUGUACAUCAUUAUUACCCGCCCCGGGAACUUUACCCAAAGGUGCUCGAAGCAACAGCGUUUUGUCCCGUCUAUUUUCAGCAUACACUGGACUUUAACUGACCAAUACCACUGAAUUCCUAGCAUUUGUUUAUUACUUAUUCCUCUAUCUCCAAUGUGAUCAUAGUCUCAUAAACAAUUAUAACUUUUUUUUCACAUUUUACUUUUUUACCAGAACUUUUUUUCUCCUUCUUCUUGUAUUAAAACAAAAACCACAACAAUUUAAUUCUCAA